UAGCAUAUAUCCCACAAAAUAUGAUCUGUAACAUACCAAUCAGAGCAUAAACAUUAUUCCAGGAAAACUGAACAAGAGGACACUCCCCAAAACAGACUGAAUAAUUUUAUUUAUGAGUAUAAAAUAAGUGAAUAACAUAAAACUGUCUUUUUUUUCUAACUGGCCAUAAUCAACCAAACCCCACUCGCUUAUGAAAUACAGCAAAUCCUUUCCAUGCAUUCAUUCCACUGCAAGCCUCGUGUAUGUGAGUCAUAACUCACUUAUGAUUGGCCAGCUGUUUUGUCAAUCCACUAUUCUAAACCAGUGGUUGACUCCGUACUCACAGGACCCACCCACUGUUGGAGUAUUCUCAAAACCUAUUGGCCAAUACUGUUAAGUCCCGCCCUUCUUCCCAAACGCCUGCUCCCGCACUCUGGAAAAACACAGGUUUUGAUGUGAACAUGACCUAGCACAGAUCCUUGAUGAUGAGACAGGUUUGUAAGUGAAGUUACAAGAUGAGUGGAAAUCACAGACGGAUAGAAAUGGACCUGGCUGUAGGUUCAACAAAGUCUUAUGGGUCAUCCAGGAGUAUUGUCAGAAGAAUUGCCACAAAUCUUCCCCUAGCGCCUUGCCCUCGUGUCCAUUUUCAGCUUCAUCCGUUCGCUGCAGGAGCGAGUUUCCUCAACAAUUCAAAUGGGCCAAAUGGACUUGUGGCCACACUCGCUGAUGUGGGCUGGAUGGACAGAGAAGAGAAUGAUGGUGCUAGUAGAAAUAGGUUUGAGGCGGAUUCUGGGUUGUUUUUCCGUACUCAGCAGUGCAGGCCCCUGAGACGUCGACGGUCCUUACCUAGCUUGCACCAGGUUGAACCUGCGCCACAGAGUCAGACGGUCAUCAAUGAUGAAGCCAUUCAGAAAAUCAGUGUUCUGGAGACUGAGCUGGCCAAACUCAGAGCGCAAAUCGCACAGAUUGUUCAAGCACAGGAACAAAGCGCCCAAUCCACAGCUCCGGCGCCAGGUGGUCCCCCUGUACCCCAAGGUCCACCAAUGGCUCCAGUUCCACCUCCGCCACCGCCUCCCCCACCACCACCUCCUCCUCCAUGUCCCGCCCCUGGUAUGCAGAGAAGCUAUUCCGCCAUUGACCUCAUCCGAGAGCGACGUGGGAAAAAGGGAGGACAGAAAACGGUACUGGACUCAGCACCUAAAAAGCCAGAGCUUCCCAACAUGUUGGACGUACUAAAAGACAUGGGGAAAGUAAAGCUGCGCUCGGUUAAAAGUCAUCAAGAAGACGCAAAACCAAAACCAGUUGAGCCCACAGACGCUGCAGCGUUAAUCGCACAGGCCCUGAAACGCAAGUUCGCUCACCGCUACCGAAACAAAAGCGAAUGUGAUGGCAACUUUAACCUGCCAGCUCCUGAGAAUAAGCCCCAUGUAGAAACACAGCUGUUCGGACAGCAUAUGUUAAAAUCAACUGGAAGGAGGAAACUCUGCUAAGAUGGAGCUACUUAUCUGAGCAGGUUAAUGUAGUUAACCUGAUGACUCGUAAUUUGCAAUAACCAGCUAACUUUUUGUUAGCCCUCAAAAUGUUGUUAGUGUUCAUUUAAGUGAACAUUCAAAUGCCAAACACUGCAACCAAUCUGGUUUCACUAUUUUGCACUUUGAAAGUUUCAACUCUAUCAGUAAAUCUUAUAUCACAGCCAGUUUCAUCAUUAAUGCCAGUUACAUGAGAAAUGCUUUCUUUUCGUUGGGUUUUAUAUAUGAUUUUAUAUGUGGGUUUAUUUGGAUCUGUUGAAAGUCAACAGUGCAGGUAUUCAACCUUGUUGGAUUCCUCUCAUUUGAAGGGCUAACGCUGAACGAAAACACCAAAGUGUAUGGAUUCUUUACAAGUAGUUUUAUGUGUAUUUUUAACACCUGUUUGCACAGAAGUUGUCUCUAAAUCAAAGGUACAAUUCGUAGUUGCUAGAAAUCAUUACUACUAUUUUUAGGAACUUCAGGUGUUUCUGUCUUGUAUAUGGAAGCAUGUUUCCACCAAUGAACAACAAAAAUAAAAAAGGUAAUUGCAACUUUUUAUCUCACAAUUGCUUGUUUCAAUCUUGCAAUUCUGACUUUUAUUCUUCACAAUUGUGAGAUAUAAACUUGCAGUUAUGAGUUAUAAUGUCCAAUUCCGACAGAGAACAAAAGACUAUUUUCUUCUAGUUUUUACUUGCAAUUGAGAGUUUAUAAUGCAAUCCAGAUGGGGAAAAAAAAUGCAAAUACCUUUUUUUUUUUUUUAUUAUUAUUCAGUGGUGGAAACAGGCUUCCAUAGUCAUGCGACCACUAUAGCAAUUAUGAACCACACUUUUGUGAUCAUACAUAUGGCUUAGAUGGUGCUGUCAGUAGUAUUUAAUGAGAGAUAAUUUAAAAUCCUUUUUAGGUUGUAAUUUAUUAUUUUGGAACAUUUCCAUGAUAUGGUUCUGGAAGUAAUUUAGUUAUUUAACCAGUUUAAUAAAUCACUUGAAUAAUGUAGUUUUGUUUGUCUCAAGCACAUCAAGCUUGCUAUCUCUUGUCAAGUGCCGUUUAAUUAGAAUUGUUUAACAGUGUUUGUACCUUUUAAAAGGUUUGUAUUUUUGCACAUGUAACUAAAGAAGUCAGUGCAUUAGCAUUAUAGUACAGUACAGGAUUUCUCAUUUCAAAGAUUUAUACUGGAUUCAAUGGCCAGCACAUAUGAACAGUACCUCAGAAUUGAAGGGAAUCUCCUAACGGAGACGUAUUUCUGGUUUUAUUAUAGAUUGUGAUAACUUAUCUAAAUGGGUUGAUUAUAUUUCCCACUACAGAACUGUUUUGAAUGGACUUUCAUUUCUUGAAUAAACCUAAAACUGUCAA